UCAUUUUGUGGUGGAUGUUAUUGAUUUAUGGUCAAACGACUGGAAAGAUCUUUUAGUGCACAAAGUUUUCAGUAACGAGCAUUGUAAAAUUAUGGGGUUUCUGGAAAUACAGACAUUACGGAGGCUAAUAGUACUGGUGUCAAUUGUUCUUCUCGGUAUCUGGAUCUACUUCUAUAGUAGUAUGAACUCCAGUAAUGGCAUCACAGAUAGAAAUCGUAAGCAGUUUACUGAUAUUCUACUAGCAUGGUCGACCUUGAAGCUGGAUGAUUCAGAUCCUGCCGGGAACCUAAAAACGCUGAACGAGUUCAGGGCAGUAUUGUCCAACGAUGAUUACCGCCAACGUCGAUUCAAGGAGAAGAUUGUGGACACUUUGUAUAGGUCAUACAGUAAUCUACUAACAAAUAGGUUCGGGAGCGAACGAGGCAGCUUUAACAGCUGGAAAGAUUUCGUUAGAAACAUUACCUACGUUUUCAACUAUCCAGACUUUUGCACUGAUGAGAAUCAGUUGCCGGUAAAUGUAUUCCUCUUGAACGUUGUUGUAUCACGUGACUCAGAGCUUAGCAGACGACAACUUAUACGGAAUACUUGGGGAAGAUGUGAAGUUUCAGGAUAUGACAUAAAAACUAUAUUUAUAAUUGGUAACUCUGAGGAUUCGAAAGUUACCGACGCCGUUUUUCAGGAAUCACUCGAUUUUGGCGACACGGUUCAGGUAGGUAUUAUCGAAUCUGACAUACUGGAACCGUUGAAAAUACAAAUUGGGUUGGAAUGGAUGCAGCGAUAUUGUCCAGAAGCGGCAUAUAUACUACUUGGACAUGAUGAUGAAAUAGUGAAUAUUCAUAAGGUCGUUGAGUAUCUUUCAUCCGUGAAGAAUACGCCAUUCUAUGGAAACACUGAGGACCGAAAUCCAACUACAUUUCAUGGUGUGAAUAUUAUAUCAGCAAACCUGGUAAAACAGACUAUAAACUCGUUUUUUGAAGCCAGUAGCCCUGUAUACAUUUGGAAGGACGGCCUCAUAGACAGAGCCAUGACUGAAAUGGGCUUUCCGUCGAUAUAUAUACACAGUUAUGUUUUUAAUUCAGAGAAAAGUGAUUGGAAGAAUCUUUCGAAUACCUUGGUUGUGUAUAACGCAACAAGUGUAAGCGAUAAACUUGACGUAUGGAAAACAAUUAAUAAAGGGAAAUGCUUAUACGAUGCAGAAGCCUAAUAGAAAUACAGCCAAAGGACAACUGGCUUAUCAUAAUAAGAGUAUGAAAGUGCUUAUUGUAUUAAAGUGCGUUACCCAUAAUCUCCCCCCCCCCCACCUCUCUCCCUCUCUAUGGCCAGGUGGCGCCAAGUUGCACUGCUGUGGCCUUCACAAGAGCACACCAUCUUCUUCUGCCUGGUGCCAAAUAUCAUCAAUUAAAGAUGUUGAUGGACGUCAACUUCCACGAUGGCCUUCCACAGCUCCCUGAAAAAUUUGCUUUUCAAUUCCACCAUCCUUUCUUACAAUGCCAUAAUCAUGCCAAUGUUAUUACAAUUAUUUAUAUUAAUAUAAGAAAUGAGAAAAAGUAUUGUGAUUUAUAUGAAUUGAGAUGAUAAUAUGACAUAGUGAAAAUAUUUAAGAAAUGAAUGAAUGAACAAAUUAAUAAUAAGCCUAAUAAUAAUGAUUAGUGAUAGGCCUCUUAGGCCUAAUCCCUUUUUCUUAGGCCUAAUCCCUUUUUUUGCUUUAUUUUUUAGCUUUUUGUAAUUUUUCUACUUUGUUUUAUUUCAUGAAUUUUUUUUUAAAUUUAUUUAGCGUUUCGUGUCUUUUUUAGUGAUGUUAUUGUACUGUGUUUUCUUUGUCUAUUUUUCAACUUCAAUUUUUAUGAUAAAAUUGCAAUAAAGCUUCUCGUAUCUCAAAACAGUAGUGGUGGUGGUGGUAGUAGUAGUGAUGGCAAUAUCAACUAUAGUUAUUAAUAUUAUUGUAAUUAUUGUUAUUAUUAUUAUUAGGAAACUGUAUCAAAUGUAUAUUAAGGUGAUAAGAAAUGAGAAAAAAAAUAUGUGAUUUAUAUGAUUUGAGAUGAUAAUAAUGUAAAAAUGAAAAAAAAAAUGAUGAAAAAUAGUAUUUUCAAUUAAAUUGGAAUUAAGGAGAACUUUCCACACAAAAGGAAAGAAAACAACAAAACUUAAUUUGGAGAAGAGAAAGCGGUCAUUACACUAUACUUGUUAUCUUUCUCAAUGAUGUUCAUCCAAUUUGAAUUCUAAUGUUACUUUUUUUAUUUAUAAUAAUGUGAUGAUGUAUCAUGAAUCAAUGAAAAGAAAAAAAUACAUUUAUGUAUAUGGUACUAUGAUAAUGAUAAAAGGGAAAAAAUACGUAUGCAACGACUCAAUUUUUUUAUGUACUAUACAUUUUUGUAAAUGCAUAAUUUUAGCCUUUGGCUACUUUUUGUAUUAUUUUUAUACCAGAAUAAAAAAAAAUAAAAUAAACACA